AUGCAGGCCCCAGGGCAACCGCCGCACGAUCACCGAAUGUGCAUGCCGUUGGACCAACUGCGCGACGUGCCUGGCCCUAUUCAGUGCCCGUACUGCGGGUUUCAAGGCGUGACCAGAGUCGAGCACGUCGCCGGUCGGCGGACCCGACGAUCAGCCGGACUCCUCUUCGCCGCCACGGUGGUCCUCGCCCCGGUCCCCUAUCUCACCAACGGCACCAAGGACGUCCGCCACUUCUGCGCAAACUGUCGAGUGUGCGUCGCCGUCUGGCUGAACGAGAGAAACUCCCCGGGCCAGACACAUGUCGUGGCACAUCAGAACCGAGUGGGUGGGACAUAG